GAAAUAACGCAUUGUCCGCUAGCGUGUGGAGCGGCUAGAGACAAAAAGGAAGCGAAUACAACGGAAGUUGUGAGCAUCAUAAUCUGAAGCAGAGAAGCUGAAAAGAGAGAAUCGUAUCGUAGUGAUUCCAAUUUCUAUGGCAGACGCUGUUCCUAACGAUACCAACCACAACACUCUCCAUUGCAGCUCCAAUCAGCCUGUAGCUUCUCCUCCUCAAGAUCGUCCUGUUCGGGUCUAUGCCGAUGGGAUCUACGAUCUCUUCCACUUCGGCCACGCUCGCUCUCUUGAGCAAGCCAAGAAAUCAUUUCCAAAUACCUACUUGCUCGUUGGAGUUUGCGGUGAUGAAGUCACUCACAAAUUCAAAGGAAAAACUGUUAUGACAGAGGCCGAACGAUAUGAAUCCCUGCGGCACUGCAAGUGGGUGGACGAAGUCAUUCCUGAUGCACCUUGGGUUAUCACGCAGGAGUUUCUUGACAAGCACAAUAUUGACUAUGUGGCUCAUGACUCUCUUCCUUAUGCUGAUGCAAGUGGGGCUGGGAAUGAUGUUUAUGAAUUUGUUAAAGCCGUUGGCAAAUUCAAGGAAACUAAGAGGACUGAAGGAAUAUCUACAUCAGACAUUAUAAUGAGGAUUGUUAAAGAUUACAACCAAUAUGUUCUACGGAACUUGGAUCGUGGGUACUCGAGGAAAGAACUUGGUGUUAGCUAUGUGAAGGAAAAACGACUAAGGGUGAAUAGGAGGUUGAAAACUUUACAGGAGAAAGUGAAAGAACAUCAAGAGAAAGUUGGUGAAAAGAUUCAAAUUGUUGCGAAGACUGCCGGCAUGCAUCGGAAUGAAUGGGUGGAAAAUGCUGAUCGUUGGGUUGCUGGAUUUUUGGAGAUGUUUGAAGAAGGUUGCCAUAAGAUGGGAACAGCUAUCAGGGAUAGAAUUCAAGAGAGUUUAAGAGGUCAGCAGUCCAGAGGCUUCCCGUAUCGUCUACAGAAUGGUGAGGAUGGUAAGGAUGACGACGACGACGAGUAUUAUUAUGACGAUGACGAUGGUAGUGAAGAGGAAUAUUUUGAAGAAUAUUAUGAUGAUGAAGAGCUCAAUCCUCAGAGUAAUGAGAAAGAUGUGAAGAAGUAGUAGCUACACUUGAACUGAGUUGCUGGAUCCUGGUCCUGAAAGUUGAAAUUUAAAAUUCAAGCUAGGCAUAUAGUUUGUGGAUAAUUGAACAGUCAGUAUGGUAAAAUCAAAAUUUUCGACGUGUUGAAUUUUGGCGCACGAUGCGGUGUUGUUCUUUGCAUGUUUGGCCAUCAGCACUUGUCUUGAACGUGGUGCUUGCUUGUGAUUGUGAUUAUGGCUGCAAAGUAUUGCAAAUAUUAGAUGGUGAGUGUACUA